CCGUGAAAGUAUGGCAGCUGGAGGACGGCGUGGGAGCACAAUGGGUGGAAAGGGUCCAGCUAAAGGCCGGCGAGGAAGCUGCCAUCAUGGAGAUGGUGCACAGAACCGCCGCGGUAGUCGGUUAGAUGACACGUCUUAUCAACCGCAGCGACGGAAGAAGAAAUCCGAUGAACCCGAACCUGCGCUCACCAAAGAGCAGGUUGAAGCUUUCCAAGAAGUUUUCAAUCUCUUUGACAGCAAUGGUGGAGGAACCAUUGAUGCAGAUGAGCUUCAGUUGGUUCUUGGCUCUGUGGACAUUCACCUACCCGCACAAGAUAUCAGAGAUGUCUUGGAAGGGAUUGACAAAGAUGGGAGCGGGGAAAUCGACUUUGAAGAAUUUCUGCAACUGAUGACAAACACUGAAAAAUUUCUAGAAACAUGCGCUAGCCAUGAUGAACAUCCUGAGGAUGAAGAGGAUGCGGUACUGGUAGGGGGCCGAGAGACAGUUCUCUUUGAUGCUCUUACCAAGUUCAUGAAGACAUCCGCUCUCACACAAAUGGAUGUUCUCCAAAGAUACUUCAAUACUAAAUACAAGCGUGCCCAAGCCCCGCAUGUUGUCAUGCAUUACGCUGCUGGAGCAAGACUCAUCGGUCUGACAGAAAAACAAUUGGUGCAGCAUCUGGAUCGCUUACAAGCUAGCAAUGAAGACUCUGACUACAAGUCCCCUUACGCCGAGCCUCUCCGUAUCAUGCUCGCCCCACUGCUUAAUGUGAGAAAGAAGAAGAAACGUAGAAAAGACGAGUCGGUGGAGGAUAUUCAAGAAGAGCGACCCCGACUCACGGGAAAGAUACGGAUCAGGAUUCAUUUCAAAUCAGAAGAUGAAAAACUGGCAAAAGUAGAAGAGAACAAGAAAGAGGAGGAGCUCGCCAGUCAAGGUACGAAGAAGCAGAAGAUAGAAUGGGUUCCUCGUCUUGGUUGGGUUCAGCCUAAUGUCAAGAGAGUUGCUGAUCGUCUGCCGAAGAUGAAGAUAACUUAUACCAUGGAUGAUCUCUCUGAUAUGAGGCAAAAGAUUCAAGUUGCGACCAAGGAAUAUGACCAUGAUCUGGCGAUCAGCAAACGGCGUGCACACAAUCGGCUGUGGAAGACACUCCAAUGUGAUCGAAUGAAAGGAACUCAAUUGAAUAACUUUAAACGAGUAUUUGAUGCCUAUAGCGACAUAGGCAAACUAGUGGUUAUUUAAAGCAAAUCUAUAUCCCUAUAUCUAACAAGAUAGAUCUGUCAUUAUGUAAUUCUGAGCAACAGAAUUAAGGCAUAACAAUUGAGAAUGAUAAUUUCACCUAUGAACAUUUUAAAGGAAACUGACAGAGGUAACUGAGAAGAUUUACAAUACCAAUUAUCAGAUUAUUGGAAACGCAAUGGGUAACACAAAACGAAUCUUGUGCAAAUAUGUCACAGAAUUCCAUUCAAUCAUUUUGAUUUGUUCUCCAUGGAUGAUUGUUAAACUCGUUUGGGUUUUCUUAUUGAUGCAUUCAUUUAAACA